UCCCUUCAACAAAGUUGCACGAGAAGUGUCGAGAAGUGGGUAGUUGACGGGAAAGCGGAACUAGCUGACUAGCAAGCUAGCAGCACUUUAGCUGGAGGGUUAACGAGCCUCCCACCGGAUCUUACCCUGUUUAUAACGACUUUUGAGCACCACGGCAACUUUUCCGACAAUGCCACAGAACAUUGAGCUCGGUGCCACGGGAGGAGCGGCCAAACAGGAAACCAGCAACAUGGACGACAUGACUGUAGAGCAGAUGACGGCGAGGGCCAACCAAGUGACCGACGAGUCACUGGAAAGCACGAGGAGGAUGCUACAGAUGGCAGAGGAGAGCAAACAAACUGGCGUCAACACCAUGGUGAUGCUGGACCAACAAGGAGAGCAGCUGAGGCGUGUGGAGGAGGGAAUGGACCAGAUCAACCAGGACAUGAAGCAGGCUGAGAAAAACUUGACCGACCUCUCCAAGUGCUGCGGCCUCUGCGUCUGCCCCUGUGAUAGGGUGUCAUCAAUCGAGCAUGACUCACGAUACAAGAAUACCUGGGGAAUUGGAGGAGGAGAAGGCGAAGGCGGCGCCAACGGCUCCAAAGUCGUCUCAAGUCAGCCCCCGGGUGUUCGCAACGGCCAGUCUGCCCAGGUCGACACCUCGGCACAGUCGGGCCAAUACGUCAAGAGAAUAACCAACGAUGCACGCGAGGAUGAGAUGGAGGACAAUCUGCAGGCGGUCGGCAGCAUCAUCGGCAACCUGAGGAGUAUGGCUUUGGACAUGGGCAACGAGAUAGACAGUCAGAACAAACAGAUUGACCGCAUCACUGAUAAGGCGGACAUGAACAAAGUACGCAUUGACGAAGCCAACCAGCGAGCCAACAAGCUCAUCAAAUAGACGAGGAUCCUGCUUCUGCCAUUUUUAUCUUUCAACCUUGAGCCUCUUUUCGCUACACACAUAAACACACACACACACACACACACACUUUGCAUUACGGCGCUCAUGCACAAACACAAACGUGAAUUGUUGGGAAGACGUUUUACCAGCAGUGCGUCCGCUUGCACUGCACCAAGAUGUAAAUAAAUAACACAAACAUGGAUUUUUUUUUGUUAGUUUUUUUGUUUUGUUUUUUGUCGUCCACCAUCACUGAUGCCCGGUGACACACGUGCAUGUAAUUAUGCUGGACUGUGAGAAGCAGUGUGGGUAUCAGACACUGCCCCAAUGAGGGAGUGACUGGCUAUCGCUGCUGUUUGAUACCAAAUACGCACCAGGCCUGUUGAAUCAUAUCACAUUACGUUGACAGGGAGGGAAGCAGCACAGGUCGGCUGCUUUUCAUUCGUACGUCUUCCUCUGAUUUGCCUUCCUAUCGAAGCCUGUCUGAUCCACACUGAUGAGCCGUCGCCUCGGCCUCACGUAGUUUCUGUAACAUCCUCGGCCUUAGACUCGCCUUACUCUAAUCCUUCGUUGUGUAAUUAAAUGUAUUGUAUCGUGUAUUAUUUUGAGAAUUGUAUGCUUAUUUAAUUAUUCAUCAAGCAGAAAUGACUUGAGAAUAAAGUCGUCCUUUAUGAAACAAACAAAAAAAAAAACUUUGUUCCCAUGUCAUUUGUGCCACUUCGGAUGAAAAGGCCGUUUCAAAAGAAAUAUAUUAAACGUUGUGCUUUGGAGUGAGUCCUCUCAGAUGUUUUCACGCUGGAAUUCAAAGCACCUUCCCCUGAACAAGAGCAAUUUAAUGAUUUUUUUUGUUAAUUCCUGACUAAUGAAGUCAAGGUAACUAUAUGAAAGAAAGCGCUGACCUGCUGUUGAAAACACAUCAUAUAGUAACCUCUUGACCUUGUGUGUGAAGGAUAGUCGGUGUAAUAUCACCUCCUCUAAAUCAUCUACUUUACUUUAUUCUAACACCGAAUAUGAAAGCAUGUAAAUACCGAAACCUGCUGUAGCUGUUUAUUAACCGCAUAGUCUCAUUUCUUUCUUCGUUACAUCUCUGUUAAUGGAGAUUCAGAGGAGAUUUAACAGCUUACCCAGGAGCCUUUUUCAUGGUGAUGCGCAGAAAAUGAACUGUUUCUCAACUGUGGACACGUAUGAAGUGUAAAUGUUCAGUCUGGAACCACACAAAUGAGCUUGGUAAUUUCAUAUCAUUAUGCAGCAGUUUUGUGAAAGAAAAAAAAAACUGGUCCAAAAAAAAAUGGAUUCCGGAAAAUAUGAGAGGACCUUGUUGAUCCCUUGUCGUAGACGGUCUAUGGUUGUGUUGUAACAGCCGUUGUAUCACAAAAGACUGCUCUGGUAUCGGCCCUGUAAAUAGUCCACGCGGCACAGCGACGGUAAAAUGAUAAUAUCUGAAGAUGAAAAUUUGUUUUGUCAACGACGCAGCCAGUUCUCGAAAUUACUGCUGGCAGCUCCAAGUCCACAUGUAAAUGAAAGUUUUUUUCGUUUCAUUUUUUUUGUUUUUUUAGGGGGUAAGCAUAGGAGCAGAAUGAGUCCUGGCGGCUCCUGUUAAGGCCUCGCCGAGGAAAAUUGGCUAACGCUAAAUUGAUACAGUACGCUGAAAGCAUCUCUCGUACGCGUCUCCCGCCUUAUUUGUUUUGAAGAAAAAUGAUAAUGUGUGCGCUCAGCUGCGGGCGCACACCUAUGGGGUUCAUAAAGAUUGAAAUGAACUGCUAUUCAGGGCAUUGUCUCGCUGUGAGAGAUCAUCCUCGGACUGUUACUUGUCGGCCGAGCUCUAAUUAGUCCGGCCUAGAGUGGCCCUGCUGACGUGGGGCUCUGUGUUCAUUGUUUUUUUUUUUAACCAACAGUCACUGGAAUGUAAAUACAUGAAUUAUUUGUCUGUUUUUGAAUACGUUCGCAACGCAGCUCGUCUUAUCUGAAAUUAGCUCGGUUUGAAGAGGAAAAGAAAAAAAAAUGCCUUUUGUGUAAACGCCUGCCUCUGUUGACUUGUUUGUACUCAAUAAAUCCAUGCUGAAGUUAA